CUGACAACUUGCCAAUAAUACGCCAAUCAAUACGGAAGAAGGGUAUUAUCCGCAUGGCAUCAACAAAGAAUGCGAGGUCAUUAUUUAUAGUCCGUCCACACACACGAAACAGAAAUACCGUGUACUGUUGUAGACGACCAAACCUUCGAAAAUGAAAAUUCCGUCACAAAAAUACGACGCCGACGGGACUGUCAACAUGUAUGACUUUGUCGUCGCUGCCAAAGAGAACGACGUGGAAGAACUUUCACGAAUUUUGCGAGGCGUGAAAUCGGCAAUAAAUAAAUCGGACUGGGUCCACAACGAGACCGCCUUAACGAUUUCCACAAAACUUGGCCGAAAGGAGAGCGUGGAAUUCUUGUUGACGAAUGGCGUCGAUGUAAACUGCGCCAACAGAAAGGGGAAACGAUCUCUUUAUUACGUGAUAGUUGAGAAGCAAGUCACUUGCAUGAAGCUGAUCCUGUCUUCCAAAAACGUUGAGGUGAACCCCGUGGUUCACGAAGGUCUCACGCCACUGAUGCUGUCGGCUAAACUCGGCUUCGACAGCUGCGUCAAACUGCUGGUAGACCACGGCUGCGACAUAAACAGAAAGUCGAAAGUCGAAAAGAAAGGCGCAAUUCACUACAGCAUCCAACCAGAACCGUGGCAGCCGACUCUGAUUCAGAAGAAGGCGUCAGACGAUGACAGCAGAUUUCAGUGUCUCAGAGCUUUGGUGGAGUCGGGGGCAGACGUGAAUCUCUCAGACGCAGACGGCAUGACGCCAUUACAUUAUGCAAUACGAAACCGAAACGCCAGGGCCGUGGAACUCUUGGUUUUAGAGGGAUGUUCCGUAAAUGUUGCAGCUAGCUGGGAAACGGCUCUGUCUUGUUGUGUGGGCCCCGUGACGCCUGCUCUCCUGGCCUCAUACGUUUCCAAUACUCGUAUAAUAUCGAUUCUUUUAGCAGCAGGGUGUGAUUUCCUCACCUGUCCAGCUAUGAUGAAAAUUAAAUCAAACCACCCCCAUCGUCUGUGUCUGGGAAUGUGUCACAGGAUGCCUGGGGUUUUUCGUCAUGACGUUCCGCCAAUCAAAAAGGAUCCCAAGGAUUUGAAACGAUUGUGCCGACUGGCUAUUAGAAAGGUUAUGGGACAAAAUAUUGCAAGAUGUUCUGACCAGCUGCGGUUGCCCAAGCCAGUAGAGUUGUAUAUCAGUAAAACGGAAUACCAAAGUUGAAGUGGAAGUAUUUGAUGACAUUGUCCAAGAGUGUUCAUUCCUUAUAAUCCAUUUUAUUCUAGUCUUCUUUACGACUUUUUAAAAGUACAUUGUGAUACCUAUAUUGUUUUACUGGGCGUUUGUAUUUUUUACUACUUUAUUAAGGUACUAACCCUUAAAUGCAAAUUUUUACUCAUUUUUACUCAUUUUUAUAACUUGUUUUGUUUUAACCAAUAAAUAUGAGUGU